AUGCUCGCCGGCUUGAGUAUCGGCCUGAGAGGCCUUCAGAUCGUCUUCGGCGCCGUAAUCAUCGGUCUCUCCGUACAAUUCAUCACCGCCCAAAAGAUCGGUUCCGCAGCAACCACCACCAAAUACUCCGUCUUCACAGGUGCCUACGGCAUUAUCGAAGGGUUUCUGGGUCUCGCUGCGCUGUUUCUCAGUUUCAUCCCGGAUAUUAUCGUGUUGGGGGCAGAUGCCGUUGGUGCCCUUGUCCUUCUUGCAGGCGGAAUCGCCUGGGCAAUAGGUACCCGCUCCACUUCCUGCACCGACAUUUCCAAAGCCGAGAAAAUCCUCGACAACAACUUGCUCAACCAGGGCAAGCGCAAGUACAAGGGGGAUUGGUACUACGGCAUUUUGGACGGCAACCCGAGCGAAAAGGAGCUGUGGAGCAGGCUGCAGAGUAGCUGCAAGAAGGGGCUGGCGGACGAGAUCUUCCAGUUUUUGGCGUUUGCGGUUUUGGCGGUGUUGUUGAUUGUGGGAUGGAUUAGGUGGAGGAAGGGGAAGGGUGGUGGUGCGGGAUCGAGGAGGACUUAUGUUUAG